AUGGCCUCUCAGUCGAGCGUGUCUGAUAGAGAAGAAACGUCAAAGUCAUUAAUAAUGAUGAAUGAAUCGGGGGAUCGCUCGGAUACCGCGGACGCUUGUGCGUGCCCGACCACAGCUGAACUCAGCAAGGCGGUGUCGGUGUCCUUGGGCUUGGAUACGGUGUCAUCUUCUCCGUUCGGCAACAUGAACCAGUGCUCCUCGGGCAGCGCCUUUGCAGACUUCGGGUACACAGUGGAGAGCAGUCCUCGGGGUGCGCCGAAUCUUGGAGCGCCUCGAAACAUGAAUUCGGGCUCGUACCCAGGAGGGGACGACUUUGGGGAGGUGUGCCACGGCACUGAGCAAGUGACCUGCAUGGAUCUGCUCAGAUCGGGCGAGAUGGAGAGCGCGCAAGCCGGGACGCGCGGCCCGGUGAUAUCCAGAUGCGUGGCCAAGGAAUCAAACUUGUACAUCGCCCCGGUGACAGAGCUGCCCGCACCCCCGCAGGUGGACGGGUACACACCUGCGAAGCCGUACAAUGCCUACUCUUCCAAUCCAAGCCAAUACAGGGAUGCCCCGGGUGUGUGGUGCGCGUACAGCGGACGAUCCGAGCCGGAGACGGGCGGAUCCAAUGGACGCACUUUGUUGUGUAAAUACUGUAAUUGCGGGCAAGCCUCCAAUGGAUCCAGGCAGGAGUGCCGCUGUGUCUGGUACGGCAAGGGGGAGCUGGGUCGCAAUGGUGGCGCGCACACAGCGAUGGCACAUGAGUACGGUCAAGUGGAAAGUUACCAAAGUGCAGUUCCUCAAGGGCACGGCACUUUGCCCACUAUCAAGAGCGAGCCUGCUGUUUGGAUGGACUACACGGACCGCAAUUUCAGGCAUGAAGAUUUGUUUCCUGCCGUGUACCUGUCAGACCGGAGGGUGUGUCAGGUGUGCGGUGAUGACGCCUCAGGUUGUCACUAUGGAGCAGUCACCUGUGGCAGCUGCAAAGUUUUCUUCAAGAGAGCCGCUGCAGGUAAGCAGAACCACCUUUGCGCCAGCCGCAACGACUGUACCAUCGACAAGCUGAGGCGGAAGAACUGCGCGUCGUGUCGCUUGAAGAGGUGCUUCAUGUCAGGAAUGAGCCUCAAAGGUCGCAGGCUGAAGGGAGCCGGCCAGGCGAGGAACGGCGAGGAGGAGCAGCCUCAGGUUCAUGGCAGCCAGAGGUUAGAGCCCGGAAGUGCAGCUGCCAGGGCUCAGGCGUCCCAGGCCCUCACGAUGGCCAUCCCCCCGACCCUGCGCUCCUGCUUCUCCCUCCUCAGCAUCCUGCAGACCAUCGAGCCGCCUGUGGUCAAUGCUGGACACGACCAUGCCCUGCCGGACAGCCCGGCAUCCUUGCUCACCAGCCUCAACGAGCUGGGGGAGAGACAGCUGGUAACCGUGGUGCGCUGGGCCAAGGCGAUACCAGGUUUCCGUGACCUCCAUGUGGAUGAUCAGAUGUCAGUGAUUCAGCUGUCCUGGAUGGGGGUGAUGGUGUUCGCUUUGGGCUGGAGGUCCUACACACUCACCAACAGCUCCAUGCUAUACUUCGCUCCAGACCUUGUCUUCAACGACCAGCGGAUGCAGGUGUCCAGUAUGUAUGAACACUGUGUGAGGAUGAAGCUGCUGUCCCAAAGGUUCUGCAUGCUGAAGGUCACCCAGGAGGAGUUCCUCUGCAUGAAGGCCCUGGUCCUCUUCAGCAUCAUGCCAGUGGAGGGCCUGAAGAGCCAGCGAUGUUUUGAUGAACUGCGGACCUCCUACAUCAAGGAGCUGGACCGCUUGGCCAGUCACUGCGGGGAGACCACCCGUACACAGAGGCUGUUCCAGCUCACACAGCUGCUGGACUACCUCCAGUCGAUUGUGAGGAAGUUGCACCAAUUCACCUAUGAUCUGUUCAUCCAAGCCCAGUCCCUGCAGACGCGGGUCAACUUUCCAGAGAUGAUCUCAGAGAUUGUGAGCGUUCACGUGCCCAAGAUCCUCUCAGGCAUGGUCAAGCCCAUACUUUUCCACAAUACCGCCUAGAGAGGAGUCGCUGUGAUUGCCCUUUAGGUCACUUGAUGCCCGGUAGCCAGCCCUUUUGACCAUUUCUGGUAAAGCUCGAGAGGAUAUGUGAUUUUAUUAGGUGUAAAGCGCAUGGACCCCCUUUUUACCUGCAGGGUGAGAGUGAAAAGAAGGGCAUACUGCAGGUCUUUUUUUCCUCUGUAAUUGCAUCAGCUCCUUUUGUUCUUACUGCCUGUUAUCUGUACCACGCACAUCCAGUGUUUCUGGAGCCGAUUAAAACACCUUUUAGCAUGCAUUCCUCCACAUGAGCUCCUGAAUGGCCAAACCACCUGGCACGCAGCCUUUCUUCACAUCGAUAACGUGACAGCAUGUCAUUUUUCGAGCGGCGAGACAGUAAUGAGAAAAAACAGAGUUCACAUCACCAUAGCUUGUCUGUGCACAGUAGUAUGACAUUUGGACUCACUUUCUUCCACAAUGAAUGUUAUUGUGUGCACCUGAGAUGAACAAAGUCGUUGAUUGACAGUUAAUAAAUGGCUGUGGCAUGCAUGCUAAGGAGAAAGCUGUCUUGCCUGAGGGCAUAGAAAAAAUGUUUUUUUCAACGCUGUUCUCAUCCACAGAAUUAAUGGUCGACUAACAGUUUUAGGCAGCGACAAAAUAAACUGCGAGCGACUGCAAGUUUCAUGUAUAUUUAUGAAUGUUGGGAUGUCAAAAGGGCAAACCGGAAACAAUGAUGAAAAUAAUUGCACAAAACACACUCUACUGGAAUGACUCAUUAGUCGACUAAAUCUAUGGGGGACUUUGUUUUGUUUUUUUUGUUGUCGUGCUUGUUUAUGAGUGUCGAGUGUUAUCCAAGUACAAUUUUUUUCCAGAUCGGACAUUUCAUACCGUUGGAACUUUUCUACUAUUUUUAAAAGUGGUCUUUGCAAGCACUUUGUUGUGUACCAUCAUGUGUUCAUUUGUAGCCUCUGACAUUUUUGCUAAAGGUCCAGCCAAGAAUCUGCUCAUUUGUUGCAACCCUGACAGCUUAACACGUAAUAAAACUGAAGCAUGAGUGUG